GACGAAGACGAGGAUGAGGACGAUGAUGAAGGCUCUCCUCCUCGCCCUCGUGGUGGGCGUGGCCUGUGCCGACGUUGACCCCACCCAGGUCUCUGGGCCCUGGCGCACCGUCGCCAUUGCCUCUGACAACCCCGCCCUGACCGCGGACGGCGGCCCCCUGCGGGUGCUGCUUCGAAACAUUCAGUGUGACGAGGGCUGCAACGCACUGACGAUCACCUUCUUCGUCAGGGAAAACGGGGUCUGCACCCUGCACACAGUUGUGGCCCAGAGGAACGCGGAUGAUGUCUACGCAACUGACUUUGAGGGCCAGAACUACUUCAAGUUCCUGGAGCAGGACAACGGCCACAUUGUCUUCCUCGGCCAGAACGUAGGUGCUGAUGGCACCGUCAGCCGCAUCACCCUUGCCGCCGCCCGGGACCAGGAGCUGAGUGACGAGCACCUGGCGCGGUUCACGGCGCUGACGGAGAAGACUGGGAUCCCCAGGGAGAAUGUGGAUCGUGUGGCCGGCACGGAUACCUGUCCCCAGUGACACCAAUGCCGAGGCCCCGAACAGCCGAGAUACUCUCACCGACGUCUCCCUGCCCCUCGGACGCAAUCGCCACUGGAAGCUUCCAGAAUGUUCUGGAAUGUUCUAGAAUGUCCUGGAAGCCUCUGUCCCCAGCUCACCCUCUCUCUGCUCCUCUCUCUCACUUACGCCAUAAACUGCAUUG